AUGUUCAAGAAUAUAACUGAUAGCCCAAAUUAUUCAAUUUAUUUUAAUAUUACUCACAGAAAUCUCUCCGAAACCAAGGAAUCUCAAGAAGGGAGUGGAGAAGUAGAAGUUACAGUCACUGAAACAGGUGAUCGGAAUAAGAAAUAUUUUACUGAUAGUUCACCAGUAUGUGUUGACCCUUCCUUACCAGGGCCAUCUAAUGCAGGUGCAAGUGUUUCUACUGAGACCCAGCAUGGAAAAAUGCCAACAUUUUCAGGACUGCAAGAAGCAGAACUGUAUUUUUUGAAAAAAGAAAAUGAAACACUUAAAAGACAACUGCAGAAUCUCUCAAACAGGUUUUCUUUUGAAGUUAUAAAGGAUGAUAACAAACUUGUGAAUAUGUACACUGGAUUGCCUACAGUGUAUAUAUUUGAUUGUCUGUAUGAUUUGUUCGAAAAUUUGACACUGAAUUAUACCCAAGGGUGGACAGUAAGCAUCAUACCUAAAAAAGAUCAGCUACUAUUAACUUUAAUGAAACUGAGAUUAAACUUACUCCACAAUGAUUUGGCCUGUAGGUUUAAUUGCAGCAAAGCAACUGUUUCAAAUAUUAUAUCAACAUGGGUUCAUGCUCUUCAUGAAAUUAUAUUUCUACAACUAAUGGGAAGUAUACCUUCCAGAAUCAAGAACAAGCAGUGUAUGCCAGCUUGUUUUAGUACAUUUACUAAUUGUCGGAUUGUACUAGACUGUACCGAAGUCAAGUGCAUAAAGCCGUCUUCCUUAGAGAAGCAAAAGUCCACAUACAGUUCUUAUAAACACCAGAACACUGUAAAGGGUUUAAUUGGUGUUGCUCCAAAUGGUGUGAUAACCUUUGUAAGUGACUUAUAUGCAGGAUCGACGUCAGAUAAAAAGAUCGUAGAAGAUUGUACAAUUUAAAAAAAAAUGGUGGCUGGUGAUCUUAUUUUAGCUGAUAAGGGCUUUUUAAUAGUCGAUAUUUUGCCAGAAGGAGUCAGCCUAAACAUACCACCAUUUUUAACAAAUGCGCAAUUUACCCCAGAACAAAUCAUACAGACAAGGACUAUAGCCAGAGCCAGAAUCCAUGUUGAAAGGGCCAUACAGCGGAUUAAGUGUUUUUCCAUAUUAGACUCAAUUCCUCAGACCUUAAUGCCAUAUUCAUCAGAAAUAUUUCAAGUUUGUGCUGCACUCACUAAUUUGCAAUUUCCAUUAAUUGCCCAAGUAGGAGAAUUAUAUAAAAUUGAUUAAAAAAAAUUUAUUGAUUGACAUUUCGCAAUUUUUUUACAUAUUGUCAUGGGCUCCUAAUAAAUAUUUAUUUCUAUUAUUGUUGCCUUUUUUUAAUAAAUUUCAAUAUAUUCUUUUGAUUUUAUAUGGUAAAAACUACGAAGUACCCACUUUUCAUUUAAGUGAACUUCGAUUUACGAUCAGUGUAGGAAAUCCCAUACCUUUAGCAUUGUUUUCAUCGAACAAUUUGACAAUAGACCAGCUGUAAGCAUAUCACAGAAAUGUCAACUUGAUGAAACAUGUACA